GUUCGAUAACAGUUGCCCGCGCCCUGACAGAUUACGAAAUCGUCCUUUGUGACUGUCCCAGAUAAUCAAAUUUGCUGAUUUUUAUAUGCCAGCUUGUUUACAAAAGCGUGUCAUUUGACGUUGACAGUUUUCUUGAAGAAAAUUGCUUAACUUGCGAUUUUUAAUCAGCUCAACAGGUCUCACAAUUGUCAGUAGGGGAAAAGAGGCCGUUUGUCGAUAUUUCUCUCAUUUUUUGGUUGAUCUUGAUCGUAUUCAAUUGAAAAAGUCCUUGAGUACGACGAGCAGUUCCCCUUCUUCUUGAGUUUGUUUUUAUUCGUUUUUCCGUCACGACCUUAGUCUGACCCUAUUUCCUAGACCUAUUUGACUGGCGUAAUCAUCGGUCCGGGUUAUAUUUAGAACCGACGGGAAACGCAUUCCUGUUGGGAUGGGCUUUGGUGCGUUCGGACGAGAAUAAAUAUCAUUCCUGAGAAAUGUCAAACGUGCGGAUCGUUUUCGACAGCCCGACCAAUUCCUACUACGCCGGAACGACGGUUACGGGCCGUGUCAUUGUCAAUUUCGACAAACCGAAAAAAGCCAGGGGGCUUAAAGUUAAAAUCACCGGUGAGGCGAAGGUCUCCUGGGUAGGGACGGAAAGCUACAGGAAAGAUGACGGCCAGACUGAAGAUCGGUCUGUCAGCUAUCACGCCGAAGAAGAAUAUUUUUCAAAUAAAUAUUACCUACUGGGCGGAGCCAGCGGAGAAAUUGAGAUUCCAGCCGGUGAGAAUGUUUAUCCAUUUAACACCACGUUACCGCCUCAGUUGCCCACUUCGUUUGAUGGGGAACGGGGCCAUGUUAGGUACACCGUCGUAGCAACUAUCGACCGUCCAUGGAAGUCUGAUUUUGAGGCCAAAUCGCAUUUUACUGUUAUUACCCCAGUCGACCUGAACUACAUUGCCAUCGCCAAGGAACAAGUCAAGCAGGAAAUCAGUAAGUAUUUUUGCUGCUGCUGCUGUAAGUCGGGCCCUUUGACGCUCGUCGUCUGCCUCCCGCAUAAAGGCUAUGUACCCGGGCAGACCGUCCCGGUCACAGUUGAGGUCGACAACGCUAGCAACGUACAAGUCGAUAAAAUGGAAUGUAAAAUUUUCAAGACUAUCAAAUGGACAGCCCGUAUUCCUAGACAAGAUACAAAACUUGAUGUUGUAGAUCUUAUAAAAUUACAAGUUGAAGGAGUUGCUGGUGGUGGCUCAAAGACAACGACGCACAAUCUUGCAUUACCCGAAAUGCCGUAUGUCAAUGUUGAUGCUUGCUCUAUCAUCGAUAUUACAUUUGCUUUAAAAGUUAAAGCUGUAGUAGGUGGGUGCCAUAAAAAUCUUGAACUCGAAGUUCCACUUGUGCUCGGCACUGUUCCUAUUUACGAGGGCGGCCCCCCGCCCACAAUGGGAGCCACGCUGCCACAAAACGUCGUUCCGCAGUCGAAUAUCGGACUUCCAAACCAGAAUUUUGCCCCUGGGGGUGUACCUACGCCGUACCAAGGUGGAACCGCUCCUUACCCGGCUGGAUAUACUCCGGCUUACACCGGCCCAGCUCCGUUUCCGAAUCCGGGAUCAGAGCCGAAUCCGUAUGAAGGAAACAGGUCCAUGUACCCUACUCUACCAGGCUUUGCCAUACCCGUUACACCCGCUGAUGCAGAUGUGCAGCCGGAGGCAUCCCCUUCAGCCCCGUUGCUCGAUACGCCAUCAGGACCUGUCGGUUUUAAACUAACUUAAGCGAGUAUCUUCCAAUCAUUAAUUAUUAUUGCAUUUUGGUAAUGUUUAAUUGGAAAAUAACAUAAUUAAAUUAGGUCUUAACAGUAUAAAAAAAUUAAAAUUUUAUUUUCAUAAUUUGUUUGUGAAUUUUUCUCAAUCGUUGUCAUGAUUUAUAAUUGAUCCUGUUAAAAGACAGUAAUUGCUAUUAAAAAAAGAAAGAAAAAACCCUUAAAGCUUAAGCAAAAUGCACUUAUUUUAAUUUUCUAUAAACGCUGUAACUUCAGCGCACCAAAAUUAUUGUCCAAAAGUGAUGUCAGCCAAAUAUUAUCAUAGAUACAUAAAAUUCAAACUUAUUAUGUAGAGAAGUACUCAUUAUUAAUUCGUAAUGAGCUGUAAAACUAAAUCAUCUCGAUCAAUUAACUGUUAUAGUUUAAUUUUAGUUUAGAAGACUUCAAAAUUUUUUUUUUUGGUCUUUUCUUUUUAAGCUUCUUGUUUAUUUAUUUAUUUUUUCCACAACAUUUUCAAUGCACACAAGUUUAUUGUAAAAAAAAGCUCCAUAAUGACAACCAACAAUGUCUUCACGAUUUAUCUAUAUAUUUCUGCCUUUUUUAAAAUAUUUAUGCCGGAACUAACAAUAAUGUUUUUUCCCCAACAUUUUCAAUGCACACAAGUCUAUUGUAAAAAAAAGCUCAAUAAUGACAAACAACAAUAUCUUCAUGAUUUAUCUGUAUAUUUUUGCCUUUUUUAAAAUAUUUAUGACAGAACUAACAAUGUGUGAAAUUAGAUUGUUUCUAAUUUUUUUUUUUUUGUUCUGUAGUAAAAUUGUAUUUAGAGGAAAAUUAACACAAUUCAAUUUGCAUUUAUACUUUCUAUAAACAAAAACACUAAUUAAUUUAUUAAUAUAUUUAUUUUUAAUUAAAUCAAGUUUCUUGAAUAUUAUUUUAAGUAAGUACUACUACAAGAUGCUAAAGAUGUAGAAUCACCGAUUUUUUAUAUGCAGGGUUGUAUUAAAUGAGACUAGAUGUAUAAAAAUGUACGAAAAAGAAAAAGACAAAAAAUAGAACAUUUUUGGAUUAAAAUUUUCCAGGAGCAUUUUUUUUUUCUACGAUUUCCAUGUUUAAGCUUAAAAACAAUUCUUAACUGGCCCAGAUUUUAUUUAUUUUAUUAACGUUGUUGGAAACCUGUACCUGUCUCCUUUCAGCCUAUGUCACCAAAGUUUAGAUUUUACGGAAAGUGGUAAAACUAAGUAGGAAAUAGACAAAAAUUUAUUUUAGUUUAUACGGUCCUAAACCCCUGUAAAGUUUCCUGUCGAUCGGAGGAUUUGUUUGUUAUAAUUUUUUUUGGCAACAAAAUUUUAUUCAGGGUUUUUCUUGGGCGUAGAAAACAAAAUUCAACUUUGUUUUUUUACUAAAAAACAAAUAUUCUUUAAAUGUUCAAAGCUUCAAUGUUCAAAAAUCAAAACUUUAACAACUUCACAAACUGCAAUCAGUGUUGCCUGAAAUUCGCAUGGUGGGAGAAACAAUUGCAACAAAUUGCAUGUGCAAAUCCGAACUUUUAAAAAACAAAAGAUAAUUUUUUUCUCGGCUCCUAGGGCUCCAUGAGAAAAAAGGUCAAGUAUGUGUUUAAUAUUUUUUAACUUAUCACGGGGGGGGGGCAUUGAAAUCGGUGAUUCUGUAUCCUUAGCCUCUCCUUGUAAGUGAUAAAUAGCCAAAGCAGCAUCCUGUACGACUUUAAAUGAAUAAAUAAGGAAACAACUUGUA